AUGGAAGCAGCCUCUACUAUCGAGUUGACUCGUGUAGGGCUUCUCCCAAAUGUCCAAUAUUUUCUUCCGCCUGACCCCAUUUCUGAAGAAACUAAUCCAUUACUUUUACCUUUGCAUUGUCCACAAUGUUCUUGUAACAGGAAAGCCAAAAAUUUAUUGAAGCGAACAUACACUUCAUUAUUCCCUAGAAAAGAAAUUUCUGAUUCUUGUGUUCGUGCGCAGAAAUGAUGCCAAACUGCUGGGGUUUCUGAGAAUUCAGAGGCUUUAUAUAUAGAAAUUUUGUCAAAUUCAAUUGAAUCAGAGUAUUCGGAGCAAAUAGAAAGAGAUAUAGACAGAUCAUUUCCAGACUUAUAUUAUUUCACACUUGGAGAAGGGAAAAUUGCUUUAAAGAGAGUGCUAAGUUCAUUUUCAAGAUUUUUACCAAAUAUUGGAUAUGUGCAAGGAAUGAAUUAUUUGGUUGGAACACUACUGUGACACGCCUCAGAAGCUGACACUUUUUGGCUCCUUGUUAAUCUAAUGCAAAAUUAUAAGCUAUACGAAAAUUAUAUAGAAAAUUUCCCAGGGUUAGAAAAGCAUUGCCAUAUCAUUGAUUUUUUAAUCAGUAACUACCAACCCAAACUAUAUCAGCAUUUCCUUCAAUAUGGAUUAAUCACACAGAUGUACGCAACUGACUGAUGCUUUACAAUUUUUACUUGCUUACUGCCGAUUAAUUAUAGUUAUUUUGUGCUUGGGAAGUUUUUUAAAAGCGGGUGAAUUUAUUUUUAUAAGCUUGUGUUGGAAAUUUUGGAUAGAUUAGAAGAGCAAAUUCUGGGAUGUGACAACAUUGCCAAAAUUUUGGCAUCUUUAAAGCCCUAUACUACAGGAAAGAAGCAUUCAAAAAAGUUUGUAAAGAAUCUUGCAAAAGGUGGUGAAAGAUUAAAUUGAAAAAAACUUGCAAAGCAGGCUCAGUUAAGGGAAAUUGAUGAAAAUGUAAUUUCAUGUUUGGAUCGGAAUGCAGAAAACUUGCAUACAGCUGGCUUAUAA